AUGUGGAGGCUAAGCGGCUUUACAUGCACUUCCAAGGGCAGGGGACAGGAAGGCCUGCUUGGGAAAGCAACAAAAAGGCUCAUAGGAAGGAGCUUCAAUGAUGAAAGUGUAUUAAAAGACAUCGGACUUUGGUCAUUCAAAGUUGUUGCUUGCUUUGGUUCAAAUAACGAGAAGAAGCCAAUGGUUGUAGUUAACUAUAAAGGCCAAGAGAAGGAAUUUUCUGUCGAAGAGAUAUCUGCAAUGAUCUUGUCAAAGAUGAAGGAAACUACUGAGGCCUAUCUUGGUACGAGUGUCAAGGAUGCUGAAACUAAAGAUGCUGGAAUCAUUGCUGGUCUAAAUGUGCUUCGCAUUAUUAAUGAGCCAACUGCAGCUGCAUUUGCUUAUGGUCUUGACAAUAAGGCUUCUGGAAGAAAAAAUGUAUUGAUUUUUUAUCUUGGUGGGGGUACUUUUGAUGUCUCUUUAGUCGUUGUCGAAAAGGAGUCAUUUGAAGUGAAAUCGGUUAAUGGAGACACUCAUCUUUAUAUCUAA